AUGCUUGCUUCCCUCGGAAAACCGAGAGAAGAGAUUCCGUACGAAAAUCAUGAAGAACAGCGAGUAGGUAAAAAACCGCAGUCGCCAAAACUCUAUGAAAACAGUGAAGAACAGCGAGUAGGUAAAAAACCGCAGUCGCCAAAACUCUAUGAAAACAGUGAAGAACAGCGAGUAGGUAAAAAACCGCAGUCGCCAAAAUCUAUGAAAAACAGUGAAGAACAGCGAGACCGUUUUUUUUCUGGGUCGCCAAAACUCUAUGAAAACAGUGAAUUUCCUUAA